CACGUUCUCGAUUAUAAAAGGUAUGGUCGGUCCGCUGCCGUCGCGGGGCAAUUCGCUCUCUGUUCCAGGAUCUCAGGCAAGAUGUUAAGGUUUUCGAGCGCUGUGGUGUCGUUUCUGACUGUUUGUGGUCGCUGGCAGGGCGUUAUGGCGAAGGAUUAUGCUUCGGAUGCCAUCGUCGUCGACGACAAGACGUUCACCCUGAACGGUGAUAAUGUCUCUUAUCGAUUCCAUGUGAAUGAUACCACUGGGGAUCUCCUGUCCGAUCAUUUCGGUGGCAGCAUCUCCGGAGAGAUCCCGACUGAUCCAUGGCCCGAAAUCAAUGGCUGGGUCGAUAUCGGUCGUCUGAGGCGUGAAUUCCCCGACCAAGGACGAGGCGACUUUCGCGUUCCUGCCAUCCGCAUUCGACAGACUGCAGGAUACGCUAUUAGCGAUCUGCAGUAUCAGUCGCACGAGGUGAUCAAGGGCAAGCCGGAAUUACCUGGGCUGCCGGCUACGUUUGGUAGUGAGGACGAUGUGACCACGCUGGUGGUGCAUUUGUAUGAUAACUAUAGCUCCGUUGCGGCUGACCUGUCGUACUCCAUCUUUCCUAAGUAUGAUGCCAUUGUGCGCAGUGCCAAUGUCACGAACAAAGGGGAGGGAGAUAUUACGGUCGAGGCGCUCGCUAGCUUGAGUGUUGACUUGCCCUUUGAGGAUCUCGACAUGAUCGGUCUCCGGGGUGAUUGGGCGAGGGAAGCUCGUCGCGAGAGACGCAGAGUUGCGUACGGCACUCAGGGAUUUGGAAGUACAACCGGAUUCUCAUCUCACCUGCACAAUCCCUUCCUUGCGCUGGUCCAUCCAUCUACCACCGAGUCGCAAGGCGAAGCAUGGGGCUUCUCUCUCGUCUACACAGGCUCCUUCGCCGUGGACGUCGAGAAAGGCUCGCAGGGAUUCACGCGUGCUCUGCUCGGCUUCAACCGCAACCAGCUCUCCUGGCCCCUUGCCCCCGGCGAGUCUCUCACCUCGCCCGAGUGCGUCUCUGUAUACUCGAACAACGGCAUCGGCGGCAUGUCUCGCUCUCUGCACCGGCUCUACCGCAACCACCUCAUCAAGAGCCAGUUCGCCACCGAGAACCGUCCCGUGCUGCUCAACAGCUGGGAGGGCGUGUACUUCAACUACAACGAAAGCAGCAUGUACACGCUCGCCGAGCGCUCCGCCGCCCUGGGCACCAAGCUCUUCGUCAUGGACGACGGCUGGUUCGGCGACGAACACCCACGAAUCGCCGACAACGCCGGCCUGGGUGACUGGACACCCAACCCUGACCGAUUCCCCAACGGCCUGGGCCCUCUCGUCUCCAACGUCACCGACCUCAAGGCCGCCAACUCCUCCACCAACCUGCGCUUCGGCAUCUGGCUCGAGCCCGAAAUGGUGAACCCCAACUCGUCGCUGUACGAGAAACACCCGGACUGGGUCAUGCACGCCGGGCCCUACCCUCGCACCGAGCGCCGCAACCAGCUCCUGCUCAACCUCGCCCUGCCCGAAGUCCAGACCUUCAUCAUCGACACGGUCUCCAGCAUCCUCAACAGCGCGGACAUCACCUACGUCAAGUGGGACCAUAACCGCGGCAUGCACGAGUCCGCCUCCCCCGCCGCCAACCACGCCUACAUGCUCGGCAUCUACCACGUCUUCGACACCCUGACGUCCCGCUUCCCCGACGUCCUGUGGGAAGGCUGCGCCUCGGGCGGCGGCCGCUUCGACCCCGGCGUGUUGCAGUACUUCCCGCAGAUCUGGACCUCCGACGAUACCGACGCCGUCGAGCGCAUCUCCAUCCAGCUGGGGACGUCGCUGGCGUAUCCGCCCAGCGCCAUGGGCGCGCACAUCUCUGCCGUCCCGAAUCACCAGACUGGAAGGACCAUCCCCGUGCUCUUCCGUGCUCAUGUCGCGAUGAUGGGCGGCUCAUUUGGUCUAGAGCUGAACCCUGACGAGCUGACGGAGGACGAGAGCGCCGCGGUCCCCGGGCUGAUUAAGCAGGCGGAGGAGAUCGCGCCACUGAUCCUGAAGGGAGAUAUGUAUAGGUUGAGGCUGCCAGAGGAGUCGAAUUGGCCGGCGGUGCUGUUUGUGAGCGAGGAGGGGGACAAGGGAGUAUUGUUUGUGUUUCAGGUCAACCCGUCGAUUAACCAUGCGUUCCCGAGGGUGCGGUUGCAGGGGUUGGACGAGGAGGCGACGUAUCGGGUUGAGGGGCUCGGAGAGCUGAGUGGGAAGACGUUGAUGAAUAUGGGACUGGUGAUUGAGUUUGAGGGGGAGUAUAGUAGUAAGGUUUUGAGCUUGGAGAGGGUUUAGUUGUUGGAAGUUGUGAUGACGGACUCGUAUGAAUUUGAAUGACCUAAUGAAUGGGCUUGAAUUUGGAAUGUUGUCUGAUUGUAGCAUUGCUGUCGGCUCUCUGGUUUAAUUCGGGAUGCCGUGAGUGUAUCAGGUAGGGAGUGAUGAAACCUGUGCCCUGACCCAGUCCGGCUCAACUGAUUGUGAUACUGAUAAAGCGUAGGACGCUGGUCCUUGGUUUGAGGUCAUUCAGAGCUAUUACUUACCUGCUGACUUAUAUACUCCGUCUCUGCCAACACAAUGAUGUCAAUAUAGG